AUGAACGUGUGGUUCAGCCUCUCGUACGGGGACUGGAUGGCUGCGAAGAAACCCAAGUCCAAAACGUUGGUGUCGGGGGAAUUGAUGGUUGUGCAGCGCGUCGGACGGGGGUACAUGGGCACGGGCAUUGUCGUGUUGCAACUUCAUGACACUGUGGUCACUUGGCCACUUGGAAGCGAUUGCAGGCAGUACAUUAUCGACCAAUAA